AUGGCGGCGCUCGAGGACAUGUUUGACUGUCGCAGAGACGCCACUGCUGAGAGCGCCUCGGACCAGCACAACGACAACAAGCGCAAGGCCGGCAAGCCAGCGAGGUCCUCCAACAAGGGGCAGAAGGCGCCACGCACGGAUCCUCCCAUCGUCGCGCGAGGUCUGACGGAAAACCUCGACAGCGGUGGCACUGGUGCGAGCGCAGACAAGGCGGCGCUCGACGAAAGCAGCUCCGAGGCCGCCGACAACAGCUGCACUCGCGACGCCCUGUGCCUCAGCUCGGACCCCAGCGACCUCUUCGAUAUCAAGGACAACCUCGAGGGUAGCAAGAGCAAGGCGUACGGAGACAGUGGCUCCGACGACAGCGACGACGAUGACGAGGCGGGCAGCAGUCUGGCUUCGGACCACGAGGGCGACGGCGAGGACGACGACGAGGGCAUCGACAAGGAAUGCCCCGACCUUGACGAGGAGUUUGUGAGAUUCAUGACGUUGUGCCUGAUGGCCAGGUCGACGUUGCCGAUACCAAGCCUAGCUGCUCCGUAUCCGACUUGA